AUGGUUCUCAAGGCUACCUCGAUCCACACCAACUUCCUCUCCAACGGUGAGCAGUAUGCCACCGACGAUGCUGCCGCCGCCUCCACCUCGGCACAGCAGCCCGAAUCUGCGGCGGCCGCCCCGGCGCAGCGUCCCUCUCAGUCGCGCAAGAACAGCCUCUGGAGCCGCAAGAGCCGCGAACAGCCCCGCAAGGACGUCGAGGCUCCCCAAGGCGCCAAGGAUGACAACAUCAUCCUCGUCGUCUGGGACGGCGACAACGAUCCCGAGAACCCCAUGAACUGGUCCAUCGGCCGCAAGUGGCUCACCACCGCCCUUCUCUGCUCCAUGUGCCUCUUCAUCGGCCUCGCCACUGCCGCCUUCUCCACCGGCAUCGGUCCCAUGACCGAAGAAUUCGGCGUCUCCACCGAGGUCGGCCAGGUCGGCAUGCUCCUCUUCAACGGCGCCUUCUCCAUCGUCCCGCUCUUCCUCGGCCCCCUUUCCGAGUUCGUCGGCCGCAACCCCAUCUACCUGGGCUGCUAUGCGCUCUUCACCGUGUGGUUCAUCCCGCUUGCCCUCGCCAAGAACAUCCAGACCGUCUUGGUCGCUCGUUUCCUCAGCGGAGCCUUCGGUGCCGCCGGUACCACCAUCAUCCCUGGCACCCUCGCCGACAUUUGGAAGACCAAGAACCGCGGUCUGCCCGUCGCGCUCUUCUCGCUCGUCGCCGUCGCCGGUACCGUUGGUGCUCCCCUGUACUGCGGCUACAUUCUGCAGGAGAAGGGCUGGCGAUGGAUCCAGUGGGUUCAGCUCAUCGUCAACGGUGCCGUCGUCCUGCUCGAGUUUGCUCUUCUCCGCGAAACGCGCGGAUCGGUCAUCCUCGCUCGUCGCGCCCAGAAGCUCCGCAAAGAGACCGGCGACCAGCGAUACCGCGCUCCCUCGGAUCUCGAGGCUCCUUCGCUCAAGGCUCUCCUGCAUGCCUCGACCACGCGUGCCGCGCUCCUGCUCGUUUCGGAGCCCGUGGUGUUCUGCUUCUCGCUCUACAUCGCCUACGCCUGGGCGCUCAUCUUUGCCUUCUUCUCGGCCAUCCCCAUCGUCUUCCAGGAGAUUCACGGAUGGGGCGUCGGCAACGGAGGUCUCGCCUACAUUGGCCCUCUCAUUGCCUGCUUCCUCGCCUUUGGCCUCUCGUUCCACGGCAAGUACCUCUACGACCGCGCACAGACCCGCAACAACGGUGUCGCCGUCCCCGAAGCGCGUCUCUACUACGCCGCCGUCGGUGGUAUCCUGGCCACCAUCGGCAUGUUCAUCUUUGCCUUUACCUCGUACGAGCACGUCCACUGGAUCGGCCCCGAGAUUGCGCUCGUGCCGCUCGUCAUGGGUAUCUACUUCAUCUUUGAAGCCAUCCAGAACUAUCUCGCCGACGCCUACGGCUCCGAGUACGGUGCCUCGGCCAUUUCGGCGCAGGGCUUUGUGCGCAACGCUCUGGCCGCCUCGUUCCCACUCUUCUCGACGCAGCUCUUCCACAACCUCACCGUACCCUAUGCUGGUCUUUUGCUCGCGUGCCUGCUGGCUCUCGCCGUGCCGCUGCCGUUUGUGCUCAUCAAGUACGGCGCCCAGAUUCGUGCGCGCUCCAAGUACGCCGCCUCCGACGACACCGAGGAUGGCGGUCCCGUCAUUGGCGCUCGUCGUGGCGACGUCGAGAGCAAGGCCAUGACCAGCUCGACCAACUCGGAGGACACCACGCGUGCGCCCACCCCAACGCAUGGUAUGGACGACAGCGCAAAGAAGCUCGACGAGAAGAGCGAGGUCGUUACCGCCGACGGACAGCCCAAACAGUCGGCGUGA